AUCUCUCAAUGAUAUGAUAGCUGCCCUUUUUUGCUAUUGCUAGGUCUAUUUUUAGCCUGAGACAACUGCUUCCUAAAAAUGGAGUUAGAAAUGGCAAGGGAACCAGGCACAACUAUGUAAGGUAUCCACAUUUGUGCAUCUUGGCUUAUCAUGACGACCUUUUUCUGACUGUAAUUGUCUUCAGCUGUUAGACUCUGGUCUGUAGCAUCUUUCUAUCCUGGGAUAUCCAUAGCACUUGCUUAAAGGGAAACACUGCAGUGCUAUCCCGAAACAGGAGCAAUCAUUCCAUUGUCGCUCUCCGUCUUCUCAGUCUCUCUACUACCCCAGAAUGAAGGCACUUUAUUUUUUCUCCCUGAUGAUCUUGCAUGUACUCUGCUUUUGUAAUGCUGAGGAUGGACUUACCUUCCCCACAUACGAUGGCGUGGACCGUGUCAUCCACAUAAAUGAUAAGAACUACAAACAAGCGCUGAAGAAAUUCGACAUGCUCUGCCUGCUGUACCAUGAGCCGGUGGCAGCUGAUAAGGUAUCCCAGAAACAGUUUCAGAUGGUAGAGUUGGUUCUGGAGCUUGCUGCACAAGUCUUAGAAGAUAAGCGCAUUGGAUUUGGUUUGGUGGAUUCUGAGAAAGAUGCUAAAGUUGCUAAGAAGCUUGGUCUAAUUGAAGAAGGAAGUAUCUAUGUCUUUAAAGAUGAAAAUGUGAUAGAAUUUGAUGGUGAACUUUCUGCUGACAUCUUAGUAGAGUUUCUGUUAGAUCUGACAGAAGAUCCGGUGGAGAUCAUCAACAAUGUACUGGAACUGCGAGCCUUUGAUAUGAUUGAUGAUGAAAUCAAAUUGUUUGGCUACUUUAAAGAUGAAACCUCUGAACAUUAUAAAGCAUUUGAAGAGGCAGCAGAGCAUUUCCAGCCAUACAUCAAAUUCUUUGCUACAUUUCACAAAGGGAUUGCAAAGAGACUCAGUCUCAAAAUGAAUGAGGUCGACUUUUUUGAACCUUUUAUGGAUGAAUCAGUCACAAUUCCUGACAAGCCUUAUACAGAGGAUGAGAUCGUGGAAUUUAUCAAUGAACACAAACGAGCAACCCUAAGGAAAUUACGUCCAGAAGACAUGUUUGAGACAUGGGAAGAUGACAUGGAUGGAAUCCAUAUUGUAGCCUUUGCUGAAGAAGAUGACCCUGAUGGUUUUGAGUUCCUUGAGAUUCUGAAAGAAGUUGCUAAGGACAACACCAACAACCCAGACUUAAGCAUUGUAUGGAUUGACCCUGAUGAUUUCCCACUGCUAAUUACUUAUUGGGAGAAGACUUUUAAUAUUGAUCUUUUUAAGCCUCAGAUUGGUGUGGUGAACGUCACUGAUGCUGAUAGUAUCUGGAUGGAAAUUAAAGAUGACGAUGACCUGCCAAGUGCAAAAGAGCUGGAGGAAUGGGUAGAGGAUGUGCUAUCAGGAAAAAUUAACACUGAAGAUGAUGAUGAUGAUGAUGAUGACAAUGAUGAUGAUGAUGACGAUGAUGAUGAUGAUGACGAUGACAAUGAUAAUGAUGAUGACAACGAUGAUGAUGAUGAUGAUGAUGAUGAAUAAACAUUCUUUAGUUAACCUCAAGUGUUACAUGAACUGUUUAAUUUGCCAUUUUAAGACAUGCAUUCUCUUGUGUUUACAAGACAGACUUUUUACUAAAUUAUUAAAGAACGUAAUGUCUAUGGAUUGCAUAAACAGUUUUAACAGUCUACUGCAGCAGAAUUAGUUAAGCUGACCCUUACUAUACACUGCUAACCCACGUAUCAUCCCAGAAACUCACUAUAUUCAAAUUUAGCUGGCAAUCCAAGAGUAAGAAGAAUAAAUAUUGCCUUCUUUUUAAUCUGUAACAUAUUAUAUUGUAAUAUUGCAAAAGGGAAAUGGCUCAUUUCAGAGAGCAUCUUUUCAGUCAUUACAUUUUGAUUGCAUAGUAAAUGUAAUUUCUAUAAACACGGAAUGCCUCGUGUCUUACUUCAUUAAAGGCUAAGACGGUAGGAUCACUUUGCUCAAAUUAAGUAACUUUAAAUUUGGAGUUAUUCAUUUGUAAAUUCUGGACUUAUAUGAUUUGUAUUAAAAUAAACAUACAUUUUAGUAAUUUAAAUCAUCUGCUUCAAAAAUGUGCUUAUUUAUUGAUUAGUGUUCUAGAAAAUUACUUCAUUAUUUUGAUCCCUUGGAUUUACAGACUAUUAAAAGCCAUUAUAAAAAUGUCAUUGGCAUGUACUAAAUAAGAUUAAGGACUAACCUCUGUAUGAUAUUUUUUAAUUUAACGUGUCUUUUUUUUUGUUAUUCAAAUAAAUUGUUUUGGAAAAGAAAAA